AUGGCCGAGGGCAUGGCCGGAGGGGAAGGCGUUCGAGCCGCAUACAAGACUGUCGUCCACAUCAGACAAGCCAAAGCGCCGGGAAGGGAGGAUCGUGAGGAUCGACUAUACAAUGUCAGCAAUGGGAUGAGGGGUGGCUCGCCGAGCCGAGAAUCUUGGGCGUACUCAAAUGUCUUCCCUCUGGGCAUGACACAGCAUCGUCUGCGGGGCACGACUGACCGUGGAGACGAUACGGAUAAGGCUGCAAAGGCGAUGGUAUAG